GGCGGGCGCGCGGGGCUAUAAGAGCCGGCAGCGGGGGCUGCAGACCCUCCGCAGCCAGCCCGGCCCACCUGCUCCGGUCCCGCAGCCACCCGCAGACGCGCCCAGCAUGAGGGAGAUCGUGCAUAUCCAGGCCGGCCAGUGCGGCAACCAGAUCGGGGCCAAGUUCUGGGAAGUCAUCAGUGAUGAACAUGGAAUAGACCCCAGCGGCAACUAUGUGGGGGACUCAGACCUGCAGCUGGAGAGGAUAAGUGUCUACUACAAUGAGGCCUCCUCUCAUAAGUAUGUACCUCGGGCCAUUCUGGUGGACCUGGAACCUGGGACCAUGGAUAGUGUCCGGUCUGGGGCCUUUGGGCAUCUAUUCAGGCCUGACAACUUCAUCUUUGGUCAGAGUGGGGCUGGCAACAAUUGGGCCAAAGGGCACUACACGGAGGGUGCGGAGCUGGUGGACUCUGUCCUGGACGUCGUGCGGAAGGAGUGUGAGAACUGCGACUGCCUGCAGGGCUUCCAGCUGACGCACUCGCUGGGCGGCGGCACGGGCUCGGGCAUGGGCACGCUGCUCAUCAGCAAGGUGCGCGAGGAGUACCCCGACCGCAUCAUGAACACCUUCAGCGUGGUGCCCUCGCCCAAGGUGUCGGACACGGUGGUGGAGCCCUACAACGCCACCCUGUCCAUCCACCAGCUGGUGGAGAACACGGACGAGACCUACUGCAUCGACAACGAGGCGCUCUACGACAUCUGCUUCCGCACGCUCAAGCUGGCCACGCCCACCUACGGGGACCUCAACCACCUGGUGUCCGCCACCAUGAGCGGGGUCACCACCUCCCUGCGCUUCCCGGGCCAGCUCAACGCUGACCUGCGCAAGCUGGCGGUGAACAUGGUGCCCUUCCCGCGCCUGCACUUCUUCAUGCCGGGCUUUGCGCCGCUCACAGCCCGGGGCAGCCAGCAGUACCGUGCGCUCACAGUGCCUGAGCUCACCCAGCAGAUGUUCGACGCCAAGAACAUGAUGGCUGCCUGCGACCCGCGCCACGGCCGCUACCUGACGGUGGCCACCGUCUUCCGUGGACGCAUGUCCAUGAAGGAGGUGGACGAGCAGAUGCUGGCCAUUCAGAGUAAGAACAGCAGCUACUUCGUGGAGUGGAUCCCCAACAACGUCAAGGUGGCCGUGUGUGACAUCCCACCCCGUGGCCUCAAGAUGUCCUCCACCUUCAUCGGCAACAGCACGGCCAUCCAGGAGCUGUUCAAGCGCAUCUCUGAGCAGUUCACUGCCAUGUUCCGGCGCAAGGCCUUCCUGCACUGGUACACAGGCGAGGGCAUGGACGAGAUGGAGUUCACCGAGGCCGAGAGCAACAUGAAUGACCUGGUGUCCGAGUACCAGCAGUACCAGGACGCCACCGCUGAGGAGGAGGGCGAGAUGUAUGAAGAUGAGGAGGAAGAGUCGGAGGCCCAGGGUCCCAAGUGAAGCCACUCACAGCUGGGGUGUGGGGCCAGGUGCUCUGUCCCUAGUGUCAUCUUGCUGCCAACACUCCCUGCUUUGCUCCCCUCCAGCUCAACACUCUUGGAGGGCCCCCAAGUCCUUGCCCUUCACCACUGACAGCCACCCACACCCCUGAGUCCACCUGGCUCCAUCUCCCACCACAGGCCAUCUCUGCUGUGUGCCACCAUUUGUCGCUGACUUAUUGUGGCUCCAGGCAUGAUGGCUUAUGGUCUGUUUUGUUUUUUACUGGCUUGUGUUUAUAUUUUGGGAGAUACUUAAUAAAUCUGCUGUCAGAUA